AUGACGUACGCCUACUCGUCGCCAACGCAUAUCCGGACGUCAGUAGUACCGUUAAACUGCACGCUGGACGAGUUCCACAGUCACGUGACCCAGCUCAAGUCUGUGGGCCACGUGAAGCCGCGGCGGCCCGAAACGCCAACCUUUUACAGCGCCGACUCGCUGCUGCGGUUUGAGUAUCACGUGACGCGCCAGGAGGAUCUGCUCAAGCGCCAUUUCGACGAUCUGGAGAUAUGGAAGCGAACGCUGGUGGUGGUUGCAGUUACCAACAGUCUCAGUGGAGUUUCUGCUGACAGUCUUCAGGCGCUGCGAAAAGCCCACCCUAAUGCGCUGGUGUACAGAAUCAUCAGUCUGAACACAGAUGGAGGAUUGGAGGAUUCCACAGAGGAUAAGAUUGUGACCACUGCGACAGAUACAUUGAGUGACAUUCUGGAGGAAAUUGGAGGCAAUGUUUUACAGCAGCUUGCCACGUUGGAGAUGUCGUACUUGCCUGUUGGAUUGAAGAGUCCCAAUUUCAAGCUGGGAACUCUGAGUGAGGCCGUCAAGGUAAAGGGACAUUCCAGUGACCGAAGAAGUGUCUCAUUGACUCAAGAUUUCACUCUGAAGGAUGAACGACCUGGUCAAGUGUCCCAUACAAAGACCAAGUCUGUAAACCCGGAGGUUGUUAACAAGGGACGGCAUGCGAAGCUGCGAGGACAUCUGUUUUUGUUGGCGGGGCAGCCCGCACGUGCUCUGAAGGAGUUCACGGAUUCCAUCCACAUCUUGAAAUCUGCUGGCGACUAUCUAUGGCUUGGCUCUGCCACUGAAGGCGCCGCCAUUUCAAUGACCCAGCUUGACUCCGCAGGAGAAUCUUUCUCUAUUCCAUCUGACAUUGUUGAAAUGGUAAAAAGCAGUUUCAAACGGGGGACCCCGCCUCUCGUUGAGAUAAUGCCUUCGAUUACUGAGCAGGUUUUGCAUUUCUACUCGCUUUCUCAGUCGUCGCAGGAUGAUGCCGUCCCCCAAGUUGUCUACUGUGAGACCAUUAUACGAUUCAUUCGGUAUCUUGUGGACCAGACCAAAACCCAUGAUGGCCUAAUUCCCCCCAUUGCAGUUGGAACAUGGGGAAACCGACUUUAUUCCACAAAUCUCUCGAAUUUGGGCGUUUCAGAUCAAUUCAAACUGCUAGGUUCAUUGGCAGAUUCCUAUGAGCAGGUUGGAAUGGGUCGUAAGCGAUCAUUCAUUGUCUACCAGAUGGUUGAGCAGGUGCUCCCCAAACUGCGAAACGACUCCACCGAAUCAAUUACCUCGGCGAUUUCGUUUUUGGACUCUCUAGUGUGCAAUUACGGUAACAAGAAGCUGUCUCCAUCGGGGCAAGGAUGGAACGAGCUUAGAACUCGUGUCUUGCAGCUCUGUGCACAGACAUGCGCCACCCUUCCUGACUGGGAGGGUGUUGCUCGAUACAACAGUCUGUUGCUCAGUACUACUGCGGACACUCUCCAUCGGCACGAUCAGAUGCAGGCGUAUUUGGCUGUUAAGAAGGCGCAUGAUAUUUCCAAGAUACAUGUCGACUACUGGGACUUGAACUUGGUGCGGUCCGCAUCUAUUGGUCACAUGCUCUAUCCUCCUGUCAAAUUUGGUCGUGAUGAGCGGCUUACCAGUGGUUCUACAGAAGAGAAGGGCAUCCUAUACACUCCCUUUUCUUACUCCACCACCUCGGCUACAGUUUCCCCCCUCGUUAACAACGAGGAGUGUGAGUUCGUGAUUCGUCUGCAGAAUCCCUACUUGUUCCAGGUACACAUCUCAGAGCUGUUCUUGCUUAGUGAUAUGGUCACCCUCUCGCGCCCUCUGACCAACAUCGUCUUAGCUCCCAAUUCUGUGUCAGAGCUCAUUCUUGUGUCCCCUGUCGUUGCAAAGGAGAAGACCGACGAGAUCAUCACUUGCAAGCUCACGUCUGUUCGAGCUUCUGUGCUUGGCUGCUCAGCCAACCAGGAGUACGAGAUCAGCGAAAGUGGUAGUUCGUUCACUUUGAUUCCUCCUCAACCUGUUUUGAGUGUUACAGAUCUGAGUCUCACAGAUGGGUGGCUGCUAUUGCUGGAAGGUCAGACUCUGGAGUGUAACAUCACACUCCACAACAUUUCCUCUCUCGUCGAGUGCACGUCUCUGAACGUCAACUUCAGCGAUUCUACGUUCGAGCCUCUCCGACAGGCCAUCUCAGAGGCGCGCGACUUGCCAGAGUCGGAAAUCUACGAACUGGAGUACUUUUUGGAAAAACGCCGACCCCUCAAGUGGCUCCAGGAGGAUGACAAGGUGGUGAUUCCCCCUAGCAAAAGCUUUACUCUGGCUCUCCAGAUCCACGGAAAGCGAGGCAUGACUGAUGCAAUUGUCAGGGCCCAGUACGGAUGUGGAUCUCCUUACAGAGAGCUGUCGAUCCCCAUUAAGGUAACUGUCAACGCCUCUGUUGAGUUGGUUUCUUAUGACGUGAUUCCACUCACGGAGAAGAGCAAGCUUGAGUUUUUGCCCGAUAUGGACAUUUCUGAGUCACUGACCGACUAUUGUCUGAUCGUGAUUGAUCUGCGAAACUCAUGGAUCCACCCUCUCAAGAUUGAGCUGAAGACAAAGGAGAACAAUCCUACUCUUGUUAUUGGACCUGGACGAGUCAGACGGUUCAUCUUGCCGCUGAAGCGAAUCUCAUUGUCUCGCGAUGAAACCUUGAAGCCCAUCCCGAACUUGACUAAUCGUCAGGUGUUGCAUAACUCCAAGAUGGAUGCUCAACAGACCGAGCAGAUGAUCUCUGCCUUCUGGUACAGAGAGACACUAUUUUCUGAGCUAAGCGGAGUGUGGACUGAAAUUGACGGUGACCGUCACGGCCAGGUGGAACUGAGAGGUAUCAGACUUACGCGUAACAUGCUCAAUGUGCUCAAGAUGCAGCAUGUGAGUGUUUCUAUGAGUGUGACGGUUGAUGGUGUGGCGAUCGCCACCGACUCUCUAUGGGAUGAGGUGUCGUGUGAUCAGAAUGUCGACUUUCAGAUUGUUAUUACCAAUCACUCUGAUCACGCGAUUUUCCCACUACUCAGAAUCCUGCCGCAGAUCAGAAAUGUUGCGGCCGACUCAGCACCAGAUCCGAUUGAAGGCCGUGUUCUGUACAACGGUGUGUUGCAGAAGCCGCUGACUCAAAUUGGUGUUGGCGAGUCCCGCGAGGUGUCGCUGGGCGCGAUUUUCGUGUGCCCUGGCGAGUACGAGUGGACCGCCAUGGUUCAGGAUAUGACUGACAAGCGGUACUAUGUGCAGCGAGACCCCUUGUAUGUAAGGGCUGUAUAA